AUGGCAGAGGAAUUUUCGAAGGCGGUGGAGGAGGGACUCAGACUCUCGAAGCGCAUAUACUUCGGCAAUGACAGGGCGGUGUCGCCCCCCAAGCCUCCACCAAGCAUGGUCAAGUCCCACACCGCGUACCUUCCACGCGCUCCCAUGCUCUACGCCGUUAUUGGUGACCCUGGCAUCGUCGACAACCCUGAUGUUCCAAGCUAUCAGCCCUAUGUGCAUGGUAAGUGUGACCCUCCUGCGCUCAUUCCCCUCCACAUGAUUGGUGUUGACCUUGGAGUCGAUUGCUACCUCGACACUGCGUUCGUCACCGUCGCUGGCUCAUGGAGGCUACACUGCGUCUCCGGCAGCCGCAGCUGCGAUUGCCUCGUCGCCGUUCCCAUGGGCCCUCAGGGUUCAAUUCUAGGUGUGGAGAUUGGUGUUCAUAGGAAAUCUUAUACUACUCAACUGGUUGAUAUGAAAGACAACAAUGGUAAGGUGAAUAUGAUCCAAGCUCAAGAUGGAGGUUUUCUCAAGCCCAAUGUGUUUACUUUUAAUAUAUCACAGAUCCAUGGUGGUUCCAAUUUAUCUGUUAAAAUUAGAUGGUCCCAGAAGAUACUAUACUGCAAUGAUGAGUUCUCCUUGAAUGUGCCAUUUACCUUUCCUGAUUUUGUCAACCCUGUUGGGAAGAAAAUGUCAAAGAAAGAAAAGAUACAAGUAAACGGGGAUACUAUUACUGGAAGUGAGCUUCUAUCCAAGACAAGUAGUCAUCCCCUGAAGCAAGUGAGGCGUAAUGCCGGAAGUAUGGGUUUCGUGUACGAGUCUGAAGUUCUCUCGUGGUCACAACUUGAUUUCAGCUUCUCAUAUGCUGAUUUUUCAAGUCAUAUAAGUGGUGGUGUUCUGUUGGAAUCUGCAUCUGUGGAUGAUUUUGAUCAGAGAGAUAUGUUCUCUAUGUACCUUUCUCCUGGAAAUCUUCAGAGUAGGAAGGUGUUCAGAAAGGACAUCAUAUUUGUUAUUGAUAUUAGUGGAAGCAUGCGGGGAAAACUAAUUGAUGACACAAAGAAUGCACUGUCUAUUGCUCUCUCUAAGCUCGAUCCAGAUGAUUCAUUUAGUAUUAUAGCAUUUAAUGGAGAGAUAUAUCAAUUUUCAAACUCAAUGGAAUUGGCUUCAAAGGAUGCUGUUGAAAGGGCCAUUGAGUGGAUUAACAUAAAUUUUAUUGCAGGGGGUGAUACAAAUAUUUUGCAUCCCUUGAACACGGCAAUAAAGAUGCUGUCCGAUUCUCGAAAUUCAGUUCCAAUUAUUUUCCUAGUUACAGAUGGAACUGUCGAAGAUGAGAGACAAAUAUGUGAAGCGAUGAAGAAACAUAUGAUCAAUGGAGAGUCAAUAUCCCCCCGCCUUUACACUUUAGGCAUAGGUUCAUUCUGCAAUCAUUAUUUCUUGCGUAUGCUUGCCAUGAUCGGUAGGGGCCAACAUGUUGCAGCAUUGGAUGUAGAUUUGAUUGAGCAUCAGAUGCUGAAAUUGUUUGACAAAGCUUCAUCUCUUGUUUUUUCAAAUAUCACAAUGGACAUAUUCGAUGAACUGGAUGAAGUUGAGGUGUACCCCUCUCAUAUUCCAGAUCUUUGCUCAGAUGGUCUAAUGAUUUUAUCUGGAAGAUACAAAGGAAAUUUUCCCAAAGCUCUUGAAAUUAAAGGUGUCUUGGCUGAUUUCAGUAAUUUUGUGAUAGAUAUGAAGAUUCAAGAGGCUAAGGACAUACCUGUCCAAAGGAUUUGCGCAAGAGAUCAAAUAGAGCAUCUUACUGCUCUAUCAUGGCUUUUAAAAGAUGAAGAACUAGAACAAAAGGUUGCAAAACUAAGCUUACAAACUGGCUUUAUGUCCGAGUAUACGCGUAUGACAAUUCUUGAGAAUGAUCAUCUAAAGAUAAAGAAGGACAAGGAAUCAGAUGGAAAGAAGAGCGAUCCUCGGAGUGGGGCAACUGUCCAAGGCCAGAGAAUGAUUUUGCUGCCACACUUGGGUAUAGGAUUUGGCGACUUGACUGCAACUGCAGAAAACACUUCACCAGGAUCUGAAGUCACAAAAUUGCCUGAUGGGGCUGAAAUCUUUAUUAAGGCCGCCACAAAUUGUUGUGGCAAAUUUUGCAAUGAAUGCUGUUGCAUGUGCUGCAUCCAUGUCUGUACCCGUAUAAACAACCAAUGUGCAAUUGCAUUUUCUCAGCUUUGCGUUGGUUUAGGAUGCUUCAGCUGCCUCAACUGUUGCUCCGAAUUGUGUUGUUAUGGAACUGAAAGCUGA